GAAAAAGCGCGGUUGGCGGGUUUUUCACUUUCUUACCCAGAAAUGAAACUUAAAGCAAGAACGAGCGCAGUUGUCACAGUUGAGGAGAGGGGAUUCCAGAAGAGGACCACAGGGUAUGCAAUACAUUUUCUUUUCCAUGCUAUUUAAUGAGCUGAGGACAAGCAUUUUAAGAUUAUUUUUUAACAGAAUGCAUAAACAAAAAAAUCACUCAACAAGCCAGACAUGAGCCUCCAGGUCUGUCACUGUGGCUGGUCUAAAGUUACGACCUACCACGGCCUAAGAACCCACCAGGGGAAGAUGGGAUGCACAUCCAGGGGUGUGAAGGUGGAGGAGAGUAAGCAGCAGUACAUGUGGGCACAUGUGGGACUCACAGACAGUCAGAAAGACUUCCGGCCAGAUGUCCACACUUCUAUCAAGGCUGACAUGAGCCUCCAGGUCUGUCACUGUGGCUGGUCCAAAGUUACGACCUACCACGGCCUGAGAACCCACCAGGGGAUGAUGGGAUGCACAUCCAGGGGUGUGAAGGUGGAGGAGAGUAAGCAGCAGUACAUGUGGGCACAUGUGGGACUCACAGACAGUCAGAAAGACUUCCGGCCGGAUGCCCCCACUUCUAUCAAGGCUGAUAUGGCGUCCGCUAGACCAUCACCCAGUGAGACUGUCUCAAUGGAGACACAUCUGGAAUGCUCCAUCUGCAUGUGUCAGUUUGUGGAUCCUGUCACUACAGCUUGUGGCCACUCCUUCUGUAAGGAAUGUUUGGACCGCUGUUGCAAGCACAAUGACAGGUUGUGCCCCCUAUGCAUGCAGUUUCUGAAGAAAAGCCCAGAGGUAAACAUUGUUCUGAGAAACAUUACCGAACAGGUGAAAAAGACCCGGGAGGUAAACGAAAAGUUGACUUUGGCGCCCGGCGAAGUGGCCUGUGACAUUUGA